AUGGAGGGAGCUGCCAAGAUGACACCCCUCACUCCACCCAGUCCCUUCCUCUCCAGCCAGGCCAGAUGGGACACAACUCCAGAUGAGUGGGGGACCUUCAGAGAGUACAGGUCCGUCCUAAACCCCCCAUCUGACCCACGAGAGCAGAAGGAUGAGCCACAGUAAGCAGAGUAAGGAGCAACAUAGAGGUCUGUCCAUGGUCUACAACAGUCACUGGGAACACAGGAAGCGACCUACAGAGCAUGAGCUAGUGAGUACAUCGAGCAAGAGAGAGCCCAGCUGCGGCAGUCCCAGCAAGCUAUGCAGGUCAGGCUCACUCAGCUACGUGAGCAACAAGAAGAGAUGGUACAGCUCUCCGAGACACUCCGCUCCGUGCUGCCACAGCUCACUUCCCAGUCUAUAGCUAGUCUCUCUCCCACUAAGCCAGCCCCUACAGAGCCCUCAUCCCGAGGUAUCCUUCCAGCAGAUAGAGUUCUGCUGGCACCACCACUGCCUGCGUUAGAGCUGGUUGAGCAUAUGAAACCAUCACCCAACGAAGAAGAUACGGCUUGCGAUGGACAGUACGACAACAGUGAGUGGCCUGACCCCCCAAUGUGGCCUCCAGCAUUUGAUGAGUCACUACUGCCGUGUCAUCAGAGUGACACUCCAAGCCUACAGUGCGGCUACCAAGAGCCUCCUUCAGCAGCUAUGAGUUCCCUCAGUCCCGGCGCUCACUCCACCUGUCAGGAGGCUACUCCUCCACCAAUGGUCCAGCUAAGAGACAUACCUACCUGUCAGCUCCCAGACACUCCCAGUGUGGAGUACCAGCCCGUUGACGGUGCCAGGGUGUGUCUACCCGUCCCUGCCAUUGGUUCUCAGUUUGCCCUCAGAAUGGGUAUCCAGCCUGUUCCUGACAAGGUGUUUCAGUCUGCCACCACGAAGGACCCAUCAGUCAACAGUAGCAUACCCAUCAGUCAACAGUAGCCUGCAGCCAGCCACUGUUCCAGAGUUGCCACCCGAUCCUGCUACAGAGCCGAAGUUAAUCAACGAGGUGGACUCUUCAGUUGCUCCGGCUACAAAGCAUCAGCCAGGAGUAGCCACGGUGGUGCUCCAGACCAACAUGGUGCUACAGCCGUCUUCGGUCACAGGGGCUCUGCCUACCCCUGUCCUGGAGCCCAGACCAGCUACCACAGAUGGGGCCCAGUCUGCCCCUUCCCCAGGGUUACUGCUGAUCCCUACAAAGCUAACCCAUUCUUCCCUCAAGUUCCUGUAUGCCACUGAUUAUGGGGCCGAGCCUACCUCCUGCUCCAGUCUCCUGCCUGUUCCUGCUAUAGGAGCUCAGCCUACCCGUCAAAUCAGACUCACUGUCUGCCAGGCAUGAGGAGCAGCCUUCUCCACCCACGAGGGUCCAGCCUGCUUCCGUCAUAGUAGACCCAAUGCCUCCUACCCGGGCAGCCCAGCUGGACCUGAAAGUACAACCUGGCCCUGUCUUCAGAUCACCAGCUCUUGCAACAGAGAGCCAUCGUGUUGCAGCCACAGGCCCACAGACCGCCGUUGAUGCAGAUCAUCAGCCAGCAUCUCCCUGGUUGCCACCAGCCGCAGCCCAGGGAUCCACAGCCCCUGUCCCAAUAUCGCUGCCACCAGCUGCAGCCCAGGGGCAACCACCUGGCUUUACACUAGGAGUCAUCCCUUUUUCAGUUAGGGGGGCUUCACCAGAAGCCAACGACAAGCCCCCACCAGCUCCUGAUGAGGAGCCCAGUUCAUCUCUAGCCACGGGCCCUCCACUUGGCCCUGUCUUCCAGACACCGGCUGCCCAUGCAGUGUGGUUCAUACUUACCUCAGCACAAACAGACCAGCCCAGCUCUGUUGGGGAGCCCCCACCUGGUCUUGAGUGGGAGCCCUCUACGGGGGCCGCUUCAGCCUCCACCCAGAGUUCCCAUCCAGUCCUCGCCAGCAAGGUCCUCUCCGAUCCUGUGGGGGAGCCUCAGCUUGCUCCUCGUCGGAGACCUUCAGCGACGCCUCCUGAGAGGCCAGAACUUGACCCUGACUUCUGGGCCCUUCAGGCCUCUGCCCUGCAACCUCCGCUAGUCCCUGCCUGUGAUGUCCACCCUGGCUCAGUCGGGGAGCCCCAACCUGCCAGUCGUCGAGAACCCUCUGCAGCUCUAGCUCAGGGUCCACAGUCACACCCUGCCUGGGGAGCUCUGCUGCCUUCUCUGGAGAACGCGCCUGUCCCUGCUGUGAGACCUCAGCUCAGCCCGAUUAUCAGCUCAGAUCUGGCUCCUGACCCUAAGACUCAGUUUCCCCUCGUCUGGAGGUCCUGAUCCGGUUGGGGAGUCUCACAGAGCCCUUUACGCUGUCCGCCAUAGAGCUAUUACCUGGCCCUGCUCUAGGGAUCAAGCCAGCUCCUGCCAAUGGUGCCCAGAGCGCUCCCUCUUUCGAGUCUCAGACUGUGUCAGCCCCAGAGACUGUUUCCUCUGAUAAGUUUGCCCAUAGUACAGAUUUCCUGCUGGUAGCCCCAACAGCCUCUGAUAGUCAGUUGCUGGAGACCUGUUGGACCAUGUAAUAGGACCUGUCUGCUAGCCUUUACUUGCCACAGUGUCCUGCACUUGGUUAUUAGUCAGGCCAUGUUGCCAGGCCUUUAGGUGCCCCUGUCCUUAGCUCCCCAGUCACCAGACACUCAGGUGCCCUAUUAACUAAUCAGUCUGGUGUUUCCCCUAAUUUCCUGCCAGCUGACACCCUAGUAGUUUGGACUGUUUCCUGCUGUUAGAACAAAUCAGUGUUCCAUCAGUUACAUGCACCCCUCUCCCAUGAGGACAUUCUCACCACAGUGUGCCCCUGAUGGACUAAGUGUUCCUGCCCAGCUGUUACGGACAGCAGCUCUUCUACUCCACAAGAGCAGAGAACCCUUUGCAUAAUUUAAGUACUGGACUAGAGUUUAUUUGAUAUUAGUGGUUAUGCCUAGCGAGGCCCUCUAUUGAUGGGGCGGCUAGACACCCAUGUCUGUUAAGUUUGGGUAUGAUAUGUAAGUAAGAGUUAAGUAAGAGUUAAGAUAGUCAAGUGAAGUAUUGAGCCUUUCUUAGGAGUGAAUUAACAUAGUGAAUUCAGGGGCGGCUGUACAAAAGGCUGUGAAGUAUUUGUAGUUAAUCAUAUCAGUAAUGCUAGUUCAUUAUAUCAGCGCUUUAGCUCCGCCCACCGGUCAAGUGGAGCAGAGCAUGCUGGGCGAUCUCCAGCUUAGAGAAGAUCAGCUCGAGAGAAGUCAAGUGAGAGAAAGUUCCAGCCAUCCUCGUGUUUUCCCAACAGUUAGCUUUCAUUGUGUUAGCCAAGGCCAGUGUGCGUCCUUGUUGAUAUACCACACACACACACACACAAACACACACACACACACUUUGGUUGAAGCAAGUUGCCAGACCACUAAGUGCCUUAGACCAUCCAUACUACAUACAAUGUGUUGUGCUGUUCCGUGCCUGUGCAUAUUCAGCGUUAUUAAACCACCUCAACUGGAAUCUUACCAGUCUGUCAUCUGUCGGGAGCACACGGGAGCGAACACAUAAAGUAAAACUUAACCUAAAGAAUAUACAGUCCACCAAGUCCUCACUUACAGUAUUGUACUGCAGUGAAUGGAGUGGGUGAAGUAGAAAGUGUUGCUGGGUAUUUACACCUCAGUCCCCCAUAAAAUAACACCAUAUAUAGAUUCUACAGACCAUGGUGAGUUAUCCCAACGCCACUCUUACUUUGGCACCUUUAAUAGUUUUCUGUCUAUAAGUAAAUAUGUAAUUUAUAGCCCUGUAGUGUAUUGCAUUGGGACCAAUGGAGUGGGUGGAGUAGAAAGUGUUGCUGGGCAUAUAGACCUCAGUCCUCCAUGAAAUUAAACCAUAUAUAUACAUUCUACAGACCCUAGUGAGUAAUCCCAACCCCACUUUUACGUAGGCACCUAGAAUAGUUCUCUCUAAAAGCCAAUAUGUAUUUCAUAUACAGUGUAUUGUGUCGGGGGCAUUUAUUUGACCUUGGAACAAAUUUUAAAACCCACAUUUAAUGCAAAUGUCACGUAAAUAUUAAAACAUGAAUCAUUAUUAAUGUUUAGACAAUUAUUUUCCAUAUAUCAUGAAUAAAUACAUGUUAAUGCCACUUUUAUACUAUUACGUGGGUAACAUUUAUUUUUAAAAUUUCCGAAAUUCUGUGACCCGGAAAUACUUUUGUAGUGUUGGUGACGAAAGGCUGGUAGCACCGAAGAAGAAACUGGAGCUACAGAGCUAGCAAGCUACUUGUUUUAGCCCACUAUUUAUGUUUAAUCACUUCGUCCAACUUAGUCGUUGUCGAAAUUUGAAGUGAACGUGAUUCAAUAUAUCCAAUAUACAUCGCAUGAGACUGUAUUUAUCGACUUUUAGUGCUCGCGAGCCAAUCGUCCAAAGAUGUCGGGUCGCCUUGAGUUCCAGACACAGCUAGCUUCCAUUAUGGAGGUAUUGGCCAAUGCAGCCGUGGCAGAAAUCUGCAAACUGGUAGACGACGACUAUGCGGUUGUAAGUUUGCAAAUGUCACAAUGCCAAAGGGAGAACAAAGGUUUGAAGCGAAAGCUGAAUCUUCUCGAGCUGAAGAUGGCCCGUGGUUACGCCGAGCGAAGGCUACGGGAAAGCGCAAUGAACAGCCGACCCAACAGCAGAGUUCAUAUCAACACCAAUGACAAAUUCAGAGAGUCGUCUUUAUCAACUGGUAAGAAGACUGUCAGUAAUACCAUACCAUCUUAAAUACUAGUUUAUUUGAUUACCCUGCUGAUUAAAAUAAAAUAAAAACACCACUGGAAAACAGGGCAGGCUGACAUGGCCAAAAUAUCGUAGAACGGUGUUUUAAUUUUUGACGAUAUUUGACGGUUCUGAAUAAUACGUUCUAAAUAUGCUUUAUAGGUAGUGCAUUAAACACUUAAAUGGUUUUAAUGGGCUUUUUCCAUUCUGAUUGCUUUAUACUGUUCAAUCAAACUUCAGCCAAAAAUAAUAAGUGGUCAAAACUGACAGUAAAGUAGUCCUUUUUGUAGAACAUUACAUAGAAAUCAAAAUCCUAUUUUGUAGCCUCAAACUCUGGUACUGUUUCUAUUUGCAUAGUUAUUUGUUCACUUCCAGCAUUAAUUUCCAGCAUUUUCAUUAAUUUCUUCAUUUCCUGCAAUAAUUUUAUCAUUUGCACACUAACGUUUCUGUUAAAGUUUCCUUUAUGACAAUAAUUGUUCUCCUCUUUCACUGUAUUUUCGGCUUUAAUUGCAGUUCUUACUUUCGCCACUAGGGGCAGUCGGCCGAAUUCCGGGGCUCUAUUUGGCAAGCUUGCCUUCGGUCAUGUCUAGAUGGGAUACAGCUUUUGUCAAAUUGAUGUGAAAAGUUGUUUUUUUUUGCAUUUUAGCUAACCCUAUCCCAGGGGUCUCCAACAGGUAGGUAGAUGAUAGAUCUCAAGCUACCAGUAGCUCACAGCCCGACGAGUAGUUCGCUAAGCAAUUCUGAAAGUGCAUGCAUUUUUUUCAUGUUCCAUAGUAAACUGUCAAACAUAAAGCUCCUCCCGGCUACUAUCCAAUCAAAGCUACAUUAUCCAACCCCUGGUUAGCCACUAUUGGCAUAAAAAGCCAAACGUAACACAAUAUCUGCCAAUUGAUUUCCAGCAGUAUUGCUCGUCUGUCUGUUUGGUGCACGCAUUUGUCUUAUCACUCCGUAAGUAGCCAGUUAGUGAUGCUAGUCAUGAUGACCAUCUUGUGGGUAGACAAAGACUUUCCCAAAAAAUCUUCUCAAUUAAUGUUAACUGCACAGUAGGCUUAACUGACAGAAAUAUAUAAUGAUUAUUUGUAUCAAUCGGGUGGGCCAUUUUUGCAAACUCUGUCAUGACGUGCUGCAACAGUAGGCCUAACAUCGCUGUGGUCUGGUAGAGCACGGCGCUUGUAACGCCAAGGUAGUGGGUUCGAUCCCCGGGACCACCCAUACUCAAAAAAAAAAAUUGUAUGCACGCAUGACUGUAAGUCGCUUGGGAUAAAAGCGUCUGCUAAAUGGCAUAUUAUAUUAUUAUUAUUAUCGCUAGACCGACACAUUCCUCUUUGUCUAAAUGCGCAAUUAAAAGGGUAUUGCACUCAAAUCAAAAUGUGUUCGUUUUUUUCCCCAGACCUCAAAAUUGUUAUUCUGAUGGGAUUCAAGCAUUGACAUGGAUUCAGAACAUCAGUUUCUCUAUGAAUAAUUGUACUAUUGAGAAAAAUAUACUUUUAUGGGGCCUUAUUGCUUGUUUAUUUAAGCAAUAAGGCCUGAGGGUCUGUGGCAUAUGGCGGAUAUACCACAGCUAAGGGCUGUUCUUAUGCACGACCCAAUGCGGAGUACAGCCCUUAGCCGUGAUAUAUUGGUAAUAUACCACAAACCCCCCGAGGUGCCUUAUUGCUAUUAUAAACUGGUUACCAACAUAAUUAGAAGAGUAAAAAUAAAUGUUUUGUCAUACCAGUGGAAUACGGUCUGAUAUACCACGGCUUUCAGGCAAUCAGCAUUCAGGGCUCGAACCACCCAUUAUUUUACAAGGUAUGUUGACCGAAAACACAUCUCUUGUACACCAAGGAUCCGGGGUUGCAGGGUAGAGGGGAAGUGAAAAAUUUGCCAAUUUGAAAGCUAAAAAAAAAAAGGUUGGAGACCCCUGCCCUAACCCUUUUCCUAACCUUAACCUAAUUCUCCUAACCUGCUAUGUUAAUUCUCCUAACCUGCUGCGUAAUUUCUCCUAAACAUUUUGACAAGCUGUAUCCUUUCUAGACAAAACCCUUGCCCUCCCGUAGUUGUUGACUUGUGCUAGAAAGUUAGUUAGCUAGCAGUUAUUGCCAUCAUUUUUUCCAGUCACUACUGAAUUAUUUUAUGUAAUAAAUCAAACAUUAAAAUAGCGUUAUAGAAGUUAAAGUCAAAAUCCAAACUGGUCCGUGAAUGAAUACCGUUAUAUCAUUUUGACGGUUUACCGCCAAGCCCUACGGGAAAACCAUAAAAACGUGUGUAAUAUUGACAGCUUUUUCCCCCAUUGGGGCCACCUACACUGAGUGUACAAAACAGAAACACCUUCGUAAUAUAGAGUUGCACCCCCUUUUGCCCUCAGAACAGCCUCAAUUCGUCAGGGCAUGGACUCUACAAGGUGUCAAAAGCGUUCCACAGGGAUGCUGGCCCAUGUUGACUCCAAUGCUUCCCACAGUUGUCAAGUCGGCUGGUAGUGGAUCUCUACUCCAACUAGCUUGUUCCAUCUUAUUCCACAGAUGCUCAAUUUAACUGAGAGCUGGUGACUGGGCAGGCCACUGCAGUAAGCUGAAUUCACUGUCAUGUUCGUGGAACCAUUCCUGGACAAUCCUAGCCUUGUGGCAUGGGGCAUUAUCCUGCUGAAAAAAUAUAUUUGCAGAUGGAUACACUGCUGCCAUGAAGGGAUGCACCUGAUUGGCAACGAUGUUCAGAUAUCCUGUGACAUUCAAACGUUGCUCCACUUUUAUCAAGGGGUCCAAUGUGUGCCAUGAAAACACACCCUACACCACCCCCACAAGCCUGCAAUGUUGACACGCGGCAUGAUGGAUGCAUGCACUCGUGGUUUUCUCCGUACCCUAGUCCUCCCCUCAGUGUGAAACAGAAGGAACCGGGAUUCAUCAGACCAGGCAAUGUUUUUCCAAUUCUCUAGUGUUUUCGUUCCUUAACCCACUGCAACCGCAGUUUCUUGUUUUUUGCUGAAAGAAGUGGAACUCUGUAAGGUCGUCAGCUGCCAUACCCCAUUUGUGUCACGGACUAACGAGUUGUGCAAUCUUUUAUUGGUCUUUGGGCACCAGUGUUGUAACUGUAGCCCGUCUGUUGUUCUGCACAAUUCGUGUCAGCCUUCUUUGUCCUCUUUCAUCAAUGGCCUGCCAUUGGCUGGAUGUCCUUUGGGUGGUGGACCAUUCUUGAUACACACUGGAAACUGUUGAGUGUGAAAAACCCAGCAGCGUUGCAGUUCUUGACACACUCAAACCGUUGCGCCUGGCAUCUACUACCAUACCCCGUUCAAAGGCACUUAAAUAUUUUGUCUUGCCCAUUCAUCUUCUGAAUGACACACAUACACAAUCCAUGUCUCAAUUGUCUGAAGGCUUACAAAAAAUCCUUCUUUAACCUGUCUCCUCUCCUUCAUCUACCCUGAUUUGAAGUGAUUUAACAGGUGACAUCAAUAAGGGAUCAAAGCUUUCACCUGGAUUAACCUGGUCAGUCUGUCAUGGAAAGAGCAUGUGUUCCUAAUGUUUUGUACACUCACUGUAUACAGUCAUUGGGAUCCACCUUUUUUGGGGGGUUAUUAAAAUCUGACAAAGCUCAUCUAGGCCAAUGUUACCUCGUCAACCUGCAAUUUUUUAAAUCAGUAAUUUUUAAUCAUUUUUUUAAAUUAUAGGUGGUGUCUACAACAUACAACUGGAUCCCAUGGGGAUGUGGUCAGGAGGACCUGUAGCCAAUAAUGAUCACAACAACAGCUCCCAGAUGCAUCCCAAUCCCAUCCGAGACAAGGUAAAUUCAAGAAACCAAUCCUGUAAUGCUGGUUGUCAAUGUCUUACACAGUUCAAGAAAACAAAUAUACUUGGUGGCUAACCGUUAUAUUUCAUUAUAGCAUAGUCCUACAGUACACAAUGGCCCAUUUUGAACCAUUUUGGGCACUUGGCAGCGUCUGUCACCAGUAGGUCAUCAUCAACCAUGUUGUGGUGUAUAUUUAUGCAGUUAAUUCCUGACCUUUCUAUCUUCCAGUCGCCAGAUCUGCAGCUUGUGGAGCCUGAGUCUCUUCUGGUCAAAGAGGAGAGGAUGGAGGAUCCCCUUGGAGACGCAGAGGCAGACGACGUAACACUGAUCGGAGAGGACGGUUAGUGUGUUAGUCCGUCUCAAGUUUGGUUGCUGUGUUGCAGAUACUGUAAUUACUCACCCCAUGCAUUUGAUCAACAUCAAGACUCCAUUCUCACACUAGUCAACCUUGCCAUAACUUUGACUUGAGUUAGCUCAACCAUUAACCUGCUCUCAUUCCCUUCCUCUCUCCUCCAGGAGUGGUGGAGUGUGGACCUCGUGGAGGCAGAGGUAGAACCGGCGCUGAGGACACCCCAUCCCAUCCACCCACUUCAGCUCAUGGCCCAGAGCAGCUCAGCCAGCCUCAGCACCCCGAGCAGCAGCAGCAGGGCCCCAGGAACAGGCACCGUGUGGAGGUCAGUGGCUCGGCACCUCUCCUUAAGUCUGACAGUGAACCCCAACACGCAGGACUGCUGCACCAACCCCACCCUGCUGAGUUUGAUAUGUUCGGUGGUGAUGACGACAGAGGGGAUGUUCUAGGGCCGCUGGGCUCGUUCUUUAAUGAGAGCAACCAGACAGAGACGGCCGGGGCCGGGCAGCCAUCUUGUUCGUACAGCACAGUCGCUGAGGCCGCCGCGUCGUUUCAGUCCAGGCACCGCCGUCAACUUUCACUUCCUGCUUCGGUCACCAUCCACCGCCAUCUCCCGGGGAAACGAGAGGAGGUUCUGAACGUCGACGAGGAGGAAGAGGAGGAAGGGAAGGAGCCUCCGGAGAAGUGGGGCUGCGACAGUGGAAUGUCUGCAAUGUUUGGGGGAGGAGGCAGGUUCCAGGGUAACCAUGGCAGCAUGGCCGCCCCAUCACAAUCUCGCUCCAUCAAUGACAUUGCGAUGCCGUCGACUUCCGACGCAAACGGGUGGGCACACGGCGGCGGGGGCAGAAACACUGGCGGCGGCAACACUGGCUUCCCCCUGACGAGGGACGGCAAGGUCCCCCACAGGACCAGUGCCCGGGAGAAACUGUUCAUCUGCAACUUCUGCGGCAAGGCGUUCAACCGGCCCAAGAAAGUGGAGAUCCACCUGAGGACCCACACAGGGGAGAGACCAUUCAGAUGCAACACCUGUGGGAAGAUGUUCUCUGAGGCUGGCAACCUGAAGAAGCACCAGAGGGUCCAUACAGGGGAGAAACCCUUCCACUGUGAGCUCUGUGGAAAAGGAUUCGCCUGGAUACGCAACCUCAAGACCCACCAUGAGAGGAACCAUCCAGACGUAUAUCCCCCGGACAUGAACAGGGACAUGAGCCCUAGUUUUAUCUCACCUGGACUACUGCCCAGUCAUAUGGUCAAGUGCCACAAAGAAGAACAUAGGCAAAUUACAGUUGACCCAGAACAGAGUAGUAUGGCUGGCCCUUAAAUGUACACUGAGGUCUAAUAUCAAUAACAUGCAUGUCAAUCUCUCCUGGCUCAAAGUACAGGAGAGAUUGACUGCAUCACUACUUGUCUUUGUGAGAGGUAUUGACAUGUUGAAAGCACCAAACUGUCUUGUUCAGACAGCUCAGACACCCAAACAUACCCCACAAGACAUGCCACCAGGGGUCUCUUCACAGUCCCUAGUCCAGAACAGACUCUGGGAAACACACAGUACUACAUAGAGCUAUGACUACAUGGAACGCUCUUCCACAUCAAGUAACUCAAGCAAGCAGUAAAAUCCGAUAAAAAAAAACCCAGAUAAAACAACACCUUAUGGCACAAUGCGGACUGUGAAGAGACACGCGCAUACGCUAACACAUGCACUCUACACACACACAUACAUUGUAAUAUUGAGUAUUGUAGUGGUGUAAUGUGUUGUAUGAUGUAUUGUUUUAUUUUUUUAUCCUGUUUGGACCCCCCUGGGCAGCAGCUAGUGGGGAUCCUAAUAUAUACGAAUACAAAAUUAGCUUAACCUAACGGCAGGGGCAGGGCCCCAACUUACUCAUUUAGUUUUUCUUCUCAUCUUAAGCUAAUCAAGUUUCCACUGUGUUUUAGAAACCAGCUUAAUGUUUCUAGCCAGGAGGACGCAACCUUAUAAUUAAAAAUGAAUCAGGGGUGACCUACCAUCUGGCGAACUAACAGACCAACAACUAAACACUGCUCUAGGGCCAGUCAUCAUGAAUCACAACUCUCUAGAGUCAGAGCCCCGAUAGAUGGGUACGCAUGCAAAUGUUCUGGGGCAUGACGGGUUGUUUUGAUUAUGUACAUAAGACAUUUCAUAUCAGUUGACUAAGGGAGGGUGAAUAUCUGGUCCAAAAUAAGCUACCGAUAAGGUAUUCAUGGUAAAUGUCAACCUUAAAAGUGUCAAUCUGGAGUGGAUGAUGCUGGUUAGUUUUGUGUACAUAUUUAAAACAGUACUGUAUAUCUAAUGCUAAGGGAAUAUUUUACAUUGGACAAAUUAACUUUGUAAAUAAGGCCCAGCGGCCCCAAUAAGUUUAUGAAUGAGUGGCAGUUUGUUAAAGUAAAUCACUUUUCUCCUAAAGAAUCAGCAUGUAUUACAAUGCCUCUUCUAUGUUUUUUUGAUUUUCUACAUAUGGAACUAUUAUGAAUAAAAUACAUUCCUUACACUGAGGUUUCUGUCAUUAUUGAAAUUAAUAGUCAAUGGUGGUUUAUAUGGCAGACAAAGGAAAGCUGAAGGGAUUCAAGUGACUAACCAAUAAGAAAAGCUGUACUGGAGUUACUUGAAAGUCUGUCACACAGAAAUAUCUCCCACCACCUGCAAGAACACUCAUAAAUAGUCAAUAUUUGUUUAAUCCUUAUUUAGCAAGACACAAGUUUGUUAAUCUUCCAAGAAGUUCUUAAUGUCACUUAAUCUUUGUGAAAUAAAUUAUAUAUAUAUCAAAUCACUCAAACCCAUAAGGUCACUAUAACCACAAUAUUUAAUUGGACAGGUCCAAUAAUGAGGUUCUGAGUAACAGACAUCUAUUAACUACCGGUAAUCAAAUGAUGCAACAAGAUGCAUAUAAAAUAUCAGUAAACAUCUUAUAUAGCUACAUAACAUACUUGUUGCAUACAUGUAAGAUAUACACAAUUUGUAAUCAUUGGUCCGAAUAUUUAUUCCAGUCACAGUUGUAGUGUGUGAUUUAGAAAUGAAUAUGAUUCAUUGCAUAAUAGUAAUUGUGAUAUCUAAUUCCUGGUCCAUCCCUGUGUUUCCAGUCUGCAGCAGUGGAGGACAGAGACCCUGACAUCGUGCUGAUCAAGGUGGAGGAUCUGGACCCACAGGGAGGAGGACUCAGCAUCCAGGAGGGUGAGUGGAGACUACAGGGGUGGAAGGCAGUGUGUGGUGAAAGUGGGUAGUGGUGCUAACAGCAGGGCUUGGUAAUCAAGGUGUUAGACUUAUUAGGAUCUGAUACAAGGCUAGUUAGAUCCCAUGUAAAGACUACGCUGUUGCAGACAUCCCUGCCUGUUAUAGAGCUUUGAAAACAUGUUAUAAUGGCAUUGACAUUCCCCAAGUUUAGCUCCAUGGUGAGAUCGCCCGUUGAUUUCAACACCAGCCAGUGGUGUGAUUGUGACGCUGUAUUCUCUUCACCAGGGCUUGAGGAGUCGACCAGAGACAACUACAGAGGAGGAGCAUUACCCCUGGAGGCCACCCACCACACCUCACCCUCAGACCACACCCACCACCACCCCGGGACGACCAGGCACCACACCACGGAGGUCAGCUAUGGCCGUGUGUCGUACGAGAACCACCCCCUUCCACUGUGGACGAAUGGGGGCAGUGGUGGUUCUGGUGACACUAGCGUCCCAGGGCCGUCCUCCCUCAACCUCUCCUACCCAGCAGGCCCAGGCAUGCUGAUCAUGGGAGGGAGGAUGGGGCCUGCUGGCUCAGAGAUGGGUCAGCACAGGGGUUUCACUGUAGAAGGCUCCGGAAGCUUCUCCGGUUCUAUGGGUUGUAGAGAGGGGUCAGAGAUGGCUGGUUAUGAGAUUGCAGAGGCACAGGGGGGUCAGGAUACGUACAAAAGCGGGAGGAAGAAAGCGGUGAGGAAGAAAGCGUACCUCUGCAAGUUCUGUGGUAAAGGGUUCUCCUCCCCGGCCAAUCUAGAACCGCACCUUAGAACCCACACGGGCGAACGGCCGUUUGGGUGCACGGUGUGCGGGAAGCACUUCUCUCAGUACUGGAACCUUAAGAUCCACAAGAAUGUUCACACGGGGGAGAGGCCAUACCCCUGCGCGCUCUGUGGGGAACGCUUUGCCGAUCCCAGCAACCUAAAGAAACACCAGAAACGACAUCAUCCUCAGCAGUAGUAGUACUAGAUGGGACAGGGAUAUAAUAUCAACCAUCUAUUACAAUAUGAGGAGGGCCAGGUUUUUCCUGAAAGCUCAGAUGGUUAUAGAUUUCAACUAGGACCAAGUGUUGUCCCUGAUCACAUGACCUGACCAGAAACAACUCUGAUAGUUAUAGGAUAAAACUAGGACCCAGAGUUUUUCCUCUGGUCAGGUCACAUGAUCAGGAAUCUCUUGGCCUUGAAUCUAGACCCUAUAUUAGAAUUAGUAAAGGGGCUUAGGGAAGGGUUGUUGGUGGAGUCUUAAUCUCUCGUGGGAAGAUGCACGUGCAUUUGAAGCAAUUACGCAAAGAUUUUAAUUUUGGGUGUCCGAGAUUAGUGUAGUCUGGGUAAUUUUGUCUUAGCUGGUGAUGGUAAUAAGCAUAUUUAUUUGUUUUCUAUUCAUAAAGAUGUAUGAAAAUUAUACUAUGUGGUGAGAAUAGUGCAUGUUUGAUCAAAUCCAUUUAGAAGAUAGAUGAUUCCCCUUAUACAGUGGGGAGAACAAGUAUUUGAUAAACUGCCGAUUUUGCAUGUUUUCCUACUUACAAAGCAUGUAGAGGUCUGUAAUUUGUAUCAUAGAUACACUUCAACUGUGAGAGACGGAAUCUAAAACAAAAAUCCCACUCCUCCAUACAGACCUUCUCCAGAUCCUUCAGGUUUCAGGGCUGUCGCUGGGCAAUACGGACUUUCAGCUCCCUCCAAAGAUUUUCUAUUGGGUUCAGGUCUGGAGACUGGCUAGGCCACUCCAGGACCUUGAGAUGCUUCUUACGGAGCCACUCCUUAGUUGCCCUGGCUGUGUGUUUCGGGUCGUUGUCAUGCUGGAAGACCCAGCCAUCUUCAAUGCUCUUACUGAGGGAAGGAGGUUGUUGGCCAAGAUCUCGCGAUACAUGGCCCCAUCCAUCCUCCCCUCAAUACCCUCGCGAUACCUGUCCCCUUUGCAGAAAAGCAUCCCCAAAGAAUGAUGUUUCCACCUCCAUGCUUCAUGGUUGGGAUGGUGUUCUUGGGGUUGUACUCAUCCUUCUUCUUCCUCCAAACACGGCGAGUGGAGUUUAGACCAAAAAGCUAUAUUUUUGUCUCAUCAGACCACAUGACCUUCUCCCAUUCCUCCUCUGGAUCAUCCAGAUGGUCAUUGGCAGGGGGACCUUGCGUGCGCUGCAGGAUUUUAAUCCAUGACGGCGUAGUGUGUUACUAAUGGUUUUCUUUGAGACUGUGGUCCCAGCUCUCUUCAGGUCAUUGACCAGGUCCUGCCAUAUAGUUCUGGGCUGAUCCCUCACCUUCCUCAUGAUCAUUGAUGCCCCACGAGGUGAGAUCUUGCAUGGAGCCCCAGACCGAGGGUGAUUGACCGUCAUCUUGAACUUCUUCCAUUUUCUAAUAAUUGCGCCAACAGUUGUUGCCUUCUCACCAAGCUGCUUGCCUAUUGUCCUGUAGCCCAUCCCAGCCUUGUGCAGGUCUACAAUUUUAUCCCUGAUGUCCUUACACAGCUCUCUGGUCUUGGCCAUUGUGGAGAGGUUGGAGUCUGUUUGAUUGAGUGUGUGGACAGGUGUCUUUUAUACAGGUAAUGAGUUCAAACAGGUGUAGUUAAUACAGGUAAUGAGUGGAGAACAGGAGGGCUUCUUAAAGAAAAACUAACAUGUCUGUGAGAGCCGGAAUUCUUACUGGUUGGUAGGUGAUCAAAUACUUAUGUCAUGCAAUAAAAUGCAAAUUAAUUACUUAAAAAUCAUACAAUGUGAUUUUCUGGAUUUUUGUUUUAGAUUCCGUCUCUCACAGUUGAAGUGUACCUAUGAUAAAAAUUACAGACCUCUACAUGCUUUGUAAGUAGAAAAACCUGCAAAAUCAGCAGUGUAUCAAAUACUUGUUCUCCCCACUGUAACACCAAGGUAUAGGUUCAACAUACAAGAAAAACCAGUAAAUGGGUUGAAGUAACCAUAUUUGUUAGCAGUAAACUUGUAAAUAUCUUGUUGGGUGAUGGUACUAUUUUCUAUUUUGAGUCCAAAAUACUCUACGCUUAUAGGGAUAAGUCUAUUGUGUCACAAUUCUGUGAAACUUUAAUCGAUGUCCUUAUCUUGUAAUGUUAAAAGAAGAUUAAAAUGUUUCUUUGCAAAAACGAUGAAUGAAUUAAUGUGGUUAUUAACAUUACAUUACUCCAUCACAGGACAUUCAAUUUCCUCAACUGUGACACAAUAUCAAUAUCUUAAAGAGCAUUCAUCACAUCCACAAUCUAUGCCUAAAAUGGGAAUAAAAUAAUUAUCACUUAAAGAUAUUCUCCGGUACUUUUGUAUACAUUUUAGCCAGUAGUUCUGAAAGUAACACCCACGAGCCAAAAGUGGUCCUGGAAAAUUGCGUUCUACAUCACAAAUGUGCAGAUGUGUGCACCACCUCACUGCUCUCUCUCUACUUUGUGCGCGUCUUGCUAGCUUUCACUCAAAUGGCAAGGGGCUGAAGCUUAUUGGUUGAAACUCGAAUUGCUAGGGGGCUGGCCCACGUGGGGGUAAAUGUAGGGAAAAUGGCGCCACACAGCUUCCAGAAAACAGUCGCUUUCAAACAAGGGAUUUUAUGGAUAAUAGAGGUAAAACAGUAAUUCUGCUCAUAGAUUAUGCAUGUAUGAGCCACACAUUGACACAUCCAGCCCAAAGCGGGAGGUUUAAAAAAUACUAUAUACUCACCAGUACCGGAGCAUGUCUUUAACAAAUUUACUAGUUUUAAGAAAUUAUUAUUUAUAGCAUGGAAGUCAAAAUGGUGAAUUAGAUUUUCCUAAAUAUAUGUUUGAUUUACAGUACACAGAGUAUACAAAACAUUAGGAACACCUGCUCUUUCCAUGACAGACUGACCAGGUGAAAGCUAUGAUCCCUUAUGGUUGACACUUGUCAAAUCCACUUCCAUCAGUGUAGCUGAAGGGGAGGAGAUAGGUUAAAGAAUGAUUUUUCGCCAUGAGACAAUUGAGACAUGGAUUGUGUAUGUGUGCCAUUCAGAGGGUGAAUGCCACAGGAAUGGAUAUCUGAACAUCAUUACCAGUCAGGCGCAUCCUUCAUGUGGUCCUCUGUAGCUCAGCUGGUAGAGCACGGCGCUUGUAACGCCAAGGUAGUGGGUUCGAUCCCCGGGACCACCCAUACACAAAGAAAUGUAUGCACGCAUGACUGUAAGUCGCUUUGGAUAAAAGCGUCUGCUAAAUGGCGUAUUAUUAUUUAUUUAUUAUUAUUAUAGCAGCAAUGUAUCCAUCUGCAAAUUGAGUUUUUCAGCAGGAUAAUGCUGCAUGCCACAAUGCUAGGAUUGUUCAGGAAUGGUUCCACGAACAUGACAGUGAAUUCAAUUUACUGCCCAGUCACCAGAUUUCAAUCCAAUUGAGUGUCUGUGGGAUGAGAUGUAACAAGCUAUUUGGAGUAGAGAUCCACUACCAGCCAACUUGACACAACUGUGGGAAGCAUUGGAGUCAACAUGGGACAGCAUCCUUGUGGAAUGCUUUCCACACCUUGUAGAGUCCAUGCCCUGAUGAAUUGAGGCUGUUCUGAAGGCAAAAGCGGGUCCAACAGAAUAUUACAGUAAUUACAGUAACCUCUAAAUCAAAUCCAAUUUUAUUGGUCAUGUACACAUAUUUAGCAGAUGUUUUUGCGGGUGUAGCGAAAUGCUUAUGUUUCUAGCUCCAACAGUACAGUAAUACCUGACGAUACAAAGCAAUACAUGUACAAUUCUGAAAAAUAAAGGGAAUUAUGAAAUAUAUAAAUAUUAGAACUAGCAAUGUCAGAGUCCGGAAUAUAAAUAUUUAUGUAUAUGAUGGUGUGUAUACAGUCGUGGUCAAAAGUUUUGAGAAUGACACAAGUAUUGGUCUUCACAAAGUUCGCUGCUUCAGUGUUAUGAGAUAUUUUUGUCAGAUGUUAUUAUGGUAUACUGAAGUAUAAUUACAAGCAUUCCAUACGUGUCAAAGGCUUUUAUUGACAAUUACAUGAAGUUUAUGCAAAGAGUCAAUAUUUGCAGUGUUGACCCUUCUUUUUCAAGACCUCUGCAAUCUGCCCUGGCAUGCUGUCAAUUAACUUCUGGGCCACAUCCUGACUGAUGGCUGCCCAUUCUUGCAUAAUCAAAGCUUGGAGUUUGUUAUAAUUUGUGGGUUUUUGUUUGUCCACCCGCCUCUUGAGGAUCGACCACAAGUUCUCAAUGGGAUUAAGGUCUGGGGAGUUUCCUGACCAUGGACCCAAAAUGUUGAUGUUUUGUUCCCCGAGCCACUUAGUUAUCACUUUUUCCUUAUGGCAAGGUGCUCCAUCAUGCUGGAAAAGGCAUUGGUCGUCACCAAACUGUUCUUGGAUGGUUGGGAGAAGUUGCUCUCGGAGGAUGUGUUGGUUACCAUUCUUUAUUCAUGGCUGUGUUCUUAGGCAAAAUUGUGAGUGAGCCCACUCCCUUGGCUGAGAAGCAACCCCACACAUGAAUGGUCUCAGGAUGCUUUACUGUUGGUAUGACACAGGACUGAUGGUAGCGCUCACCUUGUCUUCUCCGGACAAGGUGUUUUCCGGAUGCCCCAAACAAUCGGAAAGGGGAUUCAUCAGAGAAAAUCCUGUGUAGCUCAGUUGGUAGAGCAUGGUGCUUGCAACGCCAGGGUUGUGGGUUCGUUUCCCACGGGGGACCAGUAUGAAAAAAUUUAUGCACUCACUAACUGUAAGUCGCUCUGGAUAAGAGCGUCUGCUAAAUGACUAAAAUGUAAAUGUAAAAUGACUUUACCCCAGUCCUCAGCAGUCCAAUCCCUGUACCUUUUACAGAAUAUCAGUCUGUCCCUGAUGUUUUUCCUGGAGAGAAGUGGCUUCUUUGCUGCCCUUCUUGACACCAGGCCAUCCUCCAAAAGUCUUUGCCUCACUGUGCGUGCAGAUGCACUCUCACCUGCCUGCUGCCAUUCCUGAGCAAGCUCUGCACUGGUGGUGCCCCGAUCCCGCAGCUGAAUCAACUUUAGGAGACGGUCCUGGCGCUUGCUGGACUUUCUUGGGCGCCCUGACGCCUUCUUCACAACAAUUGAACCUCUCUCCUUGAAGUUCUUGAUGAUCCGAUAAAUGGUUGAUUUAGGUGCAAUCUUACUAGCAGCAAUAUCCUUGCCUGUGAAGCCCUUUUUGUGCAAAGCAAUGAUGACGGCACGUGUUUCCUUGCAGGUAACCAUGGUUAACAGAGUAAGAACAAUGAUUUCAAGCACCACCCUCCUUUUAAAGCUUCCAGUCUAUUAUUCUAACUCAAUCAGUAUGACAGAGUGAUCUCCAGCCUUGUCCUCGUCAACACUCUCACCUGUGUUAACGAGAGAAUCACUGACAUGAUGUCAGCUGGUCCUUUUGUGGCAGGGCUGAAAUGCAGUGGAAAUGUUUUUGGGGAUUAAGUUCAUUUUCAUGGCAAAGAGGGACUUUGCAAUGAAUUGCAAUUCAUCUGAUCACUCCUCAUGACAUUCUGGAGUAUAUGCAAAUUGCCAUCAUCAAAACUGAGGCAGCAGACUUUGUGAAAAUUUGUAUUUGUGUCAUUCUCAAAACUUUUGACCACGACUGUAGACAUUAUGGACAGUAUAUAAAUAGAAAAGGUGUGUACAGCGGUAGUUAUAUAGGAUAGGACUAUAAUACAGUAUAUACAUAUGAAGUGGGUAAAACAGUAUGUAAACAUUAUUAAAGUGACCAGUGUUCAAUGACUAUGUACAUAGGGCAGCAGUCUCUAAGGUGCAGUGUUGAGUACCGGGUGGUAGCCGGCUAGAGUUCUGGGCAGGGUACUGGGCGAAGGCCGUCUAGUGGUGACUGUUUAACAGUCUGAUGGCCUGCAGAUAGAAGCUGUUUUUCUGUCUCUCGGCCCCAGCUUUGAUGCACCUGUACUGUCUCCACCUUCUAGAUGGUAGUGGGGUGAACAGGUCGUGGCUCGGGUGGCUGAGGUCCUUGAUGAUCUUCUUAGCCUUCCUGUGACACUGGGUGCUGUAGAUGUCCUGGAGGGCAGGCAGUGUGCCCCCGGUGAUGCGUUGGACUGACCGCUAUCUAUCUAGAGUUUAGUUAAUCUCAUAGGCUCUUUCUCCUCUCUUCUUCCUAGUUUGCAGCUCCUGAAUCAACUCCAUCAACACUAAGACUGGGACAGAACCUGGGAAGUAUCACACCAACAGGAGGACCUGACCUGACAGCAGAGUGUAAGUGGAGAAUGAAAAUAAACCAGGAAUGCAUGAUAACCGUGUCGGCGGCCACCAGACAGCGUCACUCACUUACAAUAGUUUACUAAAAGCUAUUUUUUUAUGAGGAGGGAAAUGAGGCUAGUUCAGUCCCCCUUUAAGUUGAAUGCACUAACUGUAAGUCACCGUGGAUAAGUGUGUCUGCUAAAUCAGGGUUUUCCAAACUCGGUCCUGGGGUCCCCCCUGAGUGCAUGUUUUGGGUUUUGCCCUAGCACUACACUAAUUAAAAUAAUCAAAACUUGACGAUGAGUUUAUUAUUUGAAUCAGCUGUGCAGUGCUAGGGCAAAAACCAAAAUGUGCACCCAGGGGGGGUCCCAGGACCGAGUUUGGGAAACCAUAACUAAAAUGUAAAAGGCCUCUCUAGCUUAUUAUCCUUUACCAUAACUUUUAACUCAGAAUGAGUGUCUUAACUAGUAUUUACAAUAAACAUGCACCUUUUCCAUGUUCCUUAUCCAGGUACUGUGGAGUCCUCCAGACCCACACUUCCUGCCCCUGCCUCACAAAAAGGUAUUGGAACCACCAGUCCCACAGCGAGCCUAGGUAAUACAGCCAAUGUGCCCAAGGGAGCGCCAGACAACACACCUCCAACCCAGACCACACAACAGCUCAGCAAGCAGAGAGCAGCCAACACGCAAGGCUCUGAGUACUCACUGUUUGAGCUGGAGACCUUCUUCACGCGCUGGGCCCCAGACACAUCGGCAUCAACAGCGCCCUCCGGUGGUCCCUCGUGCUCCUACACCGACGACACCACAGACACUGACCCAGACUGCCUCAUAGUCGACCCAGAGCCUCAUCCCCAGCUCCCCUCAGCGACUGUCAGGCCCACAGGGGAGGGUGUGCCUUUCUCUGGGCAUCAGGGAGUUCAAGCAGCCACUCUGGGUGUGGGUGGGGCCAUCCAGGGGCAUCCCACAUGGAGCAGGGCAGCCAUUUUGAGAGCGUCUCAACAAGCACAUCAGCGGCAGCUUCAACGACGCCUCAGAGCACAGCAGCUACAACAGACUCACCCAGAAAACCCAACUACCUCCACCACCAACACUACUAGUACCGGUAUGUCUUCCCAAUCCCUUCACUCCUGGUAGGUCUACCACCAGGGAGAGGGGCUACGGCCAAAGGCUUUGCCCACAUCGAGGUGACCCUGGCUGGACAGCAGGCAGCCCAGCUGGCCCAGCAGCACUGCGAUGCGGCCGGGAGGAGAAAGAGCUACGUGUGCCGAGCCUGCGGUAAGGCCUUCACCGGUCAGUCCAACCUGGAAGCUCACCAGAGGGUACACACAGGGGAGAAGCCGUUCAGGUGUGCCACCUGUGGGAAGAUGUUCUCAGAGGCUGGCAACCUGAAGAAGCAC